AUGAGAGACAUUACGACGGCCCAUGUACACUUUGACCAGCCCCUGGUUGUCUACACGUUGCCUCGCCGGCCGAGGUUGAGAACUGGGAACAGCAUCGUCAUUCUUGCAUCUACAAUAGCACCAUCCCAACAGCAGGUGUUUGUCCAUUGCCUCAGAGCACUCUGGGAGAGCGAGCAACCUGACCGCGUGGAGCCCGGCCCAGCAGCCCAGACCCGGCCUUGGCCAAGUGGUGGAAGCCGGGCGGGCUACGGAACCCUCGUGGCCCGGAUCUUCAUCGCCUUGUGGCGGCCGGGAAGGGGCGAGCAGGCCGCCACACGCGACAACGAAAAAAAGAACCUGGAGCUUUGA